UUCUUAAAAAUGUCGGCGCACUUAAAUUGGAUGAUUAUCCGUAACAACAACGCUUUCCUUGUCAAAAAGCGUAACAUCAAGAAACCAUUCAGCAAGGAAACCAACAAUGUGACUAACCUAAACUCGUUCAGAUAUAAUGGUUUGAUCCACAAGAAAUCAGUCGGCGUGGUGGAAAUUCCAAGCAGGAAAGGAUUCACAGUUGUGUACAAAAAGGCUAGAGCGACACACAAGCCCGCAAAGAACCUAAUUAAACGUCAAUUCAAAGCUGGUGCCCGGAGAUCAUUGUACAAAGUGAAGAGGUUGUUGAAGGCCAACAACUACCGUAAGGACUUGUGCAAAGCUACACUUCGUCGUGCCUCUGCCGUACUUCGUUCACAAAGGUCCAUCAAGUCUAAGAAACCUAAAGUAGCUGCAGCGAAGGCAGAGUAAAUAUUUUGUAAGAUUAAUAAAAUUACUUAAAUCUA